GUCUCUUUUGUUAAGCUAACCUACUGACCGUGUUGCGCCCUUUUUUCAACACAAAUCUCGGUGGCAGCAAAGUGAAACAUGUCCACAAACAUGCCACCGGGGAGCCUGAAUCUGGAGUCACAGCUUUUGUCCAUUAUGGACGUGCUGGUGAAAGCGGCGGUGGCAGAAAUCAGCCAGCUGUUCUCGGAGAGCUCGGCGUCUCUCCGUCUGCAUUUAACCCAGAGCUUGAAGGAAAACGAAAACCUGAGGACGAGGAUGAAGGUUAUGAGGAGUGAGCUCUUCUCCCUCAGGCUACAAACCAGAACUAAUCGACCAGCGAGCCGCUUUUCUCCCAUCAGAGGAAACAUAACCAAACCACGAGCUAAGCCACAAGUUCUCAUCAAAUCACAAGUGGCUCAAAAGGCGGGUGGGGAAGCUGCUUCUAUCCUCCUGCAGUCGGAGAAAAAGACCACCUCCUCAGCAGCUCAAGUGCAGUGUGCAGAUGUGGAGAGUCCAGAUGUCAUUCUAAUCAAAGAUGAGGAUGAUGUGGGUGGAUGUGGGCCAGAUGUUGGUGAUCAGGGUGACUUUAGAAACCACAGUCUGCAGGGCGGUGUUGCAACAGGAGCUCAGAAUUUGGAGCCAGCUGGUUCCUCUUGCUCGACAGGUGAUAACGAGGAGCUGAGAAUCGUGUGCGUUCACGGCCGAGGCGAAGGGCCUCUACAGGAUGAAAGUGACACCCUCUUCUCUGCGUCUGAGCUUCAGGCUUUUAGCUCUCUGUCUGACCACAACGUCGGCCACGACAACCUCCUGAAUUUCACCACUGGCGCAAGUGACAGAGCUCCAAUGAGAGUCACACAGGAUAACAGUGCCGGACUGGUGAGAAACAACCAACUUGAAAGAAAUAAUUCCACACAAAUGGCUCCGACAGCAUUGAACCCUGGAUUGAAAUCGCCACUAGUAGUAACUGAGGGUCAAGUGGGGCACCCCAGCCACAUGAGCCAGUUCCCACAGCAGCAGAACGUCUUCCCUCACACCGCCAACAAAUCCCUGGACUGCAACUUCUGUGGCGAGCGCUUCCACAGCCGCGAAGACCUCAUCGUACAUCGCGCGAGUCACACCGGGGAGUCUCCGGUCCCUUGCUCUCUGUGCGGCAAGUCGUUUGUCAACAAGACCACACUUAGCAUCCACAUGCGCAUUCACACGGGCGAGAAGCCGUACGCAUGUGCGCAAUGUGGAAAACGCUUCACGCAGAACGGCAGUCUGAAGAUCCACCUGCGGACACACUCCGGAGAGAAGCCGUACACCUGCAGUCAGUGCACAGCCAGUUUCAACAACCCCAGCAACCUUCGCAGACACAUGAUCACACACACCAACGGGGCGCUCUGACCCCAACGAACUAGAAAGACUUGAUAGACUUUGCAGUUUAGAAGCACUUUUACUGUCAUUUGUGCCACAGUGUAAAACUGUUUUGGAUCACGCGCACUUGUAGAUUCCAGAUACGCUGACACAAACGCUGUUCAGAUUUUUUAACUAUAGGAAAACCGGCUUUCUAUUCUCGAGCGUGCACAACAGAUCCUCAAAUGAAGACACUGAAAUAAAGAACCAUGUCACAGUUA